CUGUUGGGUGUGUGCAUUCUUCUAAUUUGUGUCUUAGUUGUUUAUGCAUAAUAAAGUGUUUAUUUGCUGUUUUUUUUUUUAAACUAAAAAUUAAGUGCCUUCGUUCAUAAUGCGUAAUUUGGGCAAACAGCAGUCGCAGGACACUACCGACACGGGUGUGGAAAAGGGCGACUACCCGCGUGCGACAAAUGGAGUUGUAUUUGGUGCAAUUGUGACUUUUGCCAGCUUCUUUGUGCUGAUGAUGUCCUUUUGCUCGCCAUACUGGAUCGAGUCGUACGAGGAGACACGCAGCAGCUUCAAGAAUAUGGGCCUGUGGCAAUACUGCUUCAAGAAUUUCGUCUACCCGAAUUAUCAGUUCCCCAAGCAAUUCACGGGCUGUCACUUGAUCUUUUCCCAUGAUUAUUAUGUUAUACGUGAAUAUCUGCUGCCCGGCUGGCUGAUGGCCGUCCAGGGCUUCGUGACGAUGUCCUUCAUCAUUGUCUUUGCCGUGCUCACCCUGCUGGCGCUCACCAUCAUCCGGCUGCCUCUGAAGCCUGUGCUGCAGUACGAGUGGCUGCUGGUCCGCCUCUCUUACAUCGGCACCGCCGUCUCAUCUCUGUUCAUGUUCUUGGCCGUGUGCAUAUUUGGUGGCUGCGCCUAUCGUCGCGACUGGCUCAUGUAUCCGAAAUUCAAUGUGCUUGGCUGGUCGUAUGCCCUCGCCGUGGUCACCUUUAUGCUGCUUGGCCUGGCUGCCCUCAUACUGCAGCGCGAAGCACGCCAGGCAUACGAGGCGCGUGGCGAACAAAAGAACCUGGUCAUGCAGAUGGAAAUGCAGGAGCCGGGCUACCAGCCGCCGCGUCAUCAUCAUAGUCAAUCGCGCAGCCUGCAGGGCUACAUAUAGUGCGGAUAUAUAUAUCUAUAUAUAUAUAUAUGCACUGGAAGCGUCCAACAAAUCAAUUUCUUCUUGAUUCCAUUUUUUAUCAGACAAUAUCUCUUUAUGCCGUCCUCCUUUUUUUUAUAUAUAUAUAUUUACUCUAGUAAUAUUUCUAUGCGAAACGAAAUCUCUUUUUAAAUAAGUGCCUUGGAAUUUGUAGUGCAAAUUUUUUCAUACUUUUACAUAUCCAUAUCUGUAUUUGUAUCUGAAUCGGUUUAAAUGCAUCAGAACAGCCGUCCAAAAAGACACAAACCGAAUGUUAACGCAAACAUUUGGCAACUCGAAUAUAUAUAUAUAUGUCUAUACAGUUGAGCCUGGAUUAUUCCGGUUAAAAGAGGACACAUGUAAACGUUCAAAAAUGUUAUUUCAUUUUCAUAAACAUACAUAUCUUAUUCCAUGUAAUACAUUUGUUUAAGUUAGUUGAGCUCCAUUUGGGGUUAUAAAAUUCUCCGGAUUAUCCAGGCUUCAACUGUGUAUAAUACAUCAAUCUAUAAACAUAUACAUAUAUUUAUACACAUAACGAUAAAUGUUCUACACAAAACAUAUUAUAAGACAAUUUUUACAAAUACAGCCCAAAAACGAUUCCA